GCUGAAUUGGUACAUCAAUCAUCCACGGACGCUGCAUCCUCCCUGCUCGUAACUGCUCUAAAUGAAGGCCGGGAUGUGAUCAUGGACGGUACCUUGUCAUGGGAGCCUUUUGUCGAGCAGACAAUCGCCAUGGCACGGAACGUUCAUAGGAAGCGUUACUGAAUGGGGGUUGGGUACAAGGUGGCUAAGGAUGGCACCAUAACGGAAAACUAUUGGGAACAAGUAGAGGAGGAUGAUCAAGAAGAGAAGGAAAAUGGGGAGAUAGCCAACAGGAAACCUUACAGAGUAGAGCUGGUUGGAGUUGUAUGCGAUCCUUAUUUAGCCGUUGUCCGGGGAAUAAGGAGAGCAAUAUUAGUGAGAAGAGCAGCGAGGCUGAAUUCCCGAUUGAAAUCCCACAAGAGGUUUGGUGUUAAAAUAUUACGUAUUCUAAUUAACUGCAUAGAAUAGAAGUGCAUAUGCAUCCACAACUUUGACUGCAUUGGUUCAGAUGCACUAAACUUUUGAUAGAUAU